AUGAAUAUGCCAAAAAAAAUUAAUGUUAAUGUUAUUGGUGCUGGUGUAAUAGGUCUUACUACAGCUUUAAUUCUACAAAGAAAUAGGUAUCUGGUGGAAAUUCUAUCUGAACAUUGGCCUGGUGAUUUAAAUAUUAAUUAUUCAAGUCCUUGGGCAGUGGCAGCCUGGAGAGCUAGCCUUUAUAUUGAAGACGAAAGGGUUCAUGAGUAUGAAAAAAUUUCGUGGAAUGAAUUUUGGACCUUAUCUGAGAACCCAGAAACUGGAUUAAUGCAUGUGCAAAUUUAUGAUUUUAUGGAUAAAAAACCUGAAUUUGGAAGUGAUAUUUGGUUUAAAGAUUUUGUACCAGAGUUCAGAGUGAUAUCUCUAGAAGAACUGCCAUCUGGUGUCGAAUAUGGAGUGUUUUACGUAACAAGUUCACAAUUAAUCUAUAUUCAAAUUUCUGCAUUUAUGCAAAUAACACAUUUUGAAUGUUUAUUAAUAAUAGUUAGUUUAAAUGUUCAAAAAUAUCUACAAUGGUUACUUGACCAAUUCAUCGCUAGUGGUAGAAAAAGAAAAAAGGUUCAUCUUUCUCAUAUUAAUGAAUCAUUUUUUAAUGAUAACGAAAUUGAUGUGGUAGUAAAUUGCACAGAGGUCAAUGCUAGAACUUUCAGUGGUUUGAUAGAUAACACAGUGCUUCCUUUACGUGGCCAAACUAUUUCAGUUUGGGCACCACAUAUUAAAACAGUACAUAUUCUAACUAACCAAAAUUCUUUUAUAUUUGUUGUUCCAAGAAGAGGCGGAGAGGUUAUUCUUGGAGGAACUAUAGAAAUGAAUGAUUAUUCUGAAAACCCGGAUCCAGAAACUGCUGAAGAUAUCAUUCAACGAUGUGUCAAAUUAUGCCCCGAACUAACACCAGAAGAUAAAAGUUUACAAAUUAUAAGACAUAAUGUCGGGCGAAGACCUUAUAGAAAAAAUGGUAUUCGAGUAGAAGUUGAGAUCACAAAGAAUACUACAAAUAAAGAUGUCAUAAUUUGGCAUAACUAUGGGCACCACUCUUACGGUAAUGUAUUUAAAAAUACAAAAAAGUAUGCAUAUAAUAUUUAUUAA